AUGCAGCAGCAAGGAGUAGAUGCUCAUUGUGGAACGGGAAUCUUGUUGAUGCAGAUGAUGCGACGUAUAACAGUGCUAAAUGGAGUCUUUUAUCAUAUCGGAUUGAAAUAUUUUGAUGGGGCAUAUCGAUGGACAGAUGGAUCAGCAACAACUUACUUUGAUUGGGGCACUGGCGAAGGAUCAGAUAGUGGCAAAGAUUGUGUUAGGACCGAUCAAAACAAAUGGCGUGACACAGUGUGUGGGGGCCCAAUAGGAUAUAUAUGUCAAUCUACAGCUUAUUGCACGGGCAAUUCUGGCACUUGUCAAAAUGAAGGUAGUUGUGUGUCUUAUAGAUGGUGUGAAUGCGCAGAUGGAUUCUACGGCGAUACCUGCUUAAGCAAUGAAUACUGUCCGAAUAAUGUAAAUCCGUGUCAAAAUGGAGGAAGCUGCGAGAAUAUGCCAGGAACCGAUCCAUACUAUAAAUGUAAUUGCAAGCCGGGAUAUUUCAACGUCACCUGUUCUAGUGAUGAAUACUGUCCAAACAAUCCAGACACUUGUCAAAACGGAAGCUGUAAGAAUACACGAGGGGAAUAUCCGUAUUAUGAAUGUGACUGCAUGCCGGGUUUCUUCGGAUAUAACUGCUCCAGCGAUGAAUACUGUCCGAACAAUGUUGUAAAUCCUUGUCAAAAUGGAGGAAUCUGUGAGAAUUCACCAGGGACAUUUCCUUACUAUGAAUGUGCUUGUACUCCUGGAUAUUUCAACGACAUCUGUUCCAGCGAUGAAUACUGUCCAAACAAUCAAAACCCUUGUCAGAACGGAAUCUGUGAGAAUACACCAAAACAGCCUCCGUAUUAUGAAUGUGACUGCAUGCCGGGUUUCUUCGGAUAUAACUGCUCUAGCGAUCAAUAUUGCGAUCACAACGAUAACCCAUGUUUGAACGGAGGAAUCUGUGUAUCAGUGAAUGAUAGUGAUGCUUACUAUAAAUGUGAUUGUUCAGCUGGAUACUUCAGUGACAUUUGUUCAAAAGAUUUAAUAAAGAUUCAAACAAUUAAAUCACUUAUUGCCAUUGCUGAAGGAAACGCCAUUUUGCUGUUCAAUGUUACAACAUAUGACGGUCUUUUGACGGUUGAGCUACAUAGAGAUAUUAGUUCUGAAAUUCCCAUAUAUAUACAGAAUAAUGUUACCAAUGGAACCGCGCAGUUCAUACUCCAAAACAUAGACAAAUCAAGCGAAGGAAACUAUAUAUUCAUUGCCUAUUCUUCAUCGAAUGACUAUCAAAGAAAUGACACAACGGAAUUGAUAAUUCACGUCAAUGUCAGCAUCACAAACAUAAAUCCAUACACGAUAUUCUCACCGGUCACAACUGGUCCAAGACAUGUUGUAUGCAAUGCCUCUGGUUACCCGUCUCCAACAAAAACAACAUGGAUGAUAAAUGGCGUGAACGUUUCUCUGCAAGAAGGUUCGGGAGUCUACCAAUAUCACGAAGAAACUCACGCGAUUUUGUAUAUCGCCGAAGCACAAUUAUCUGACGAUGGAAAUUAUACUUGUAGUGCCACAAAUUAUGUUGGUGAAGGAGCAACAGAAGUAUUUGGAGAAGAUAAUACCAAAGUCUCAGUUUACGGUUCUCCACAUAUUAUUGAAGUGAAUGAGACGCCAUGCAGCAGUAACGGAACACUAACCAUAAGAUGGACGCCUAACAAUCAAACUAUAGGAAUAAAUCACAUUUUUACAGUGACAAGUCAAAACUCCACGACAUCUGACAACACGAAUGAAACUGCAGUAGAUGGUAAAGACGUUGAAUUCAAUAAUUUACAUCCCUUCACGGAAUACUUAAUAAAGGCCGAGGUUUGUCCAGAUGAAUGCAUAACUAAAUUGAACGACACUUCAAAAGCGACGACGGGGCAUGGGCUACCUGGGUUAGUAAACAACCCCAAAAUUCAAAUGAAAUCGACAGAUAUCUGCCAUGUAUCAUGGGAAAUUUCAAACACACCAGACGAUCAGAUUUUACAAUACGAGAUUGCGUGGAAUCAAGAAUAUGUGUAUAAACCACCAAACACUGAGACAUUACCUUCGCAAAUAGCGGUCAAAGUACCUGCAUCGGGUCUUGAAUAUUAUAUUGAAACAGAAUCUAAUCGACAAUAUUCAGUAAACAUAACGGCAUAUACUUGUGCUGGUGCAGGUCUACCAGUAGCCGCAGAGGGGGAAUGCAUAACAGAAAGCGAAGGUCCUAAUGAGGUUGUUGAACCAAUAAUAAGAGAGAGUAACGGCGAUUUAUCAACAAGAGAUAUCGAUAUUACCAUACCAAACGAGGAAAACGGACCAAUAAGUUGCGUAUUCGUAAUCGCGAACCAAGGGAAUUUAGCAAACAGCAACAAACCGUUUGAAAUAGAAGAUCUGGAGAAGGCAGCAAGUCAAGAAAGUGUAUCACAAGGAGUUGAAUACCUUGCCAUUGCUAUUCCCAGAGCUACGAUAGGAAACGAUAAAAUUUAUACGACGACGCUUGGUGAUGAUGAAAUAAAUUUAGAAUGCGAUCUUACAACAAUAUGGUCAAGCGAAAAUAUAAAGAAACGCAGUGCACGAGCUACUUCACAAUAUUCAGGGAAUAAUUGGCCAUUGAAAGCCGAUGGGGCGUCCUAUAGCUUCUACACGGUGACCUCAACUCCAACAAGCAAAGACGUAAUAUUUGGCAAAAGUGAAAUUACCUCAUUUGUCAAUGGGUCUGUGCCUAUGGGAUGGAUUGCGGCCGUUGUUAUAUGCCCUAUUCUUAUUAUAGUGAUUAUGGGAGGAAUGUAUUAUAUGUGGAGAAAGCGUCAAGCAAAGAAGAUUCCUGAUGAUUAUGCAAUGGGAAAUCAGCCAGCUACUAAUAUACCAGAUGCGCCACUAUACGAGAAUGUAGAAAGUAUUACAAGACCUGAAACGGAUAUUCCAUUAGGAAUGCUCCAUAGUGUUUACAAGAUGCUGAAAGCUGAUGAGAACAUGCAGUUUCGUGAGCAAUACCAAGAGAUCAAAACAAAAUCCAAAGCAAAUGCUCCUCCGACAACGGUAGGGGGAAGUGAGGAAAUGAUGACGAAAAAUAGAUACAAAAACAUAUUGCCGUAUGAUACCUCCAGAGUUUCACUGAAAGGACAAGGGGUUGAUGGAUACAUAAAUGCUUGCUACGUCAACGGCAUUAAGAAGCAAUUUAUUGCGACACAAGGACCUCUACCAAACACGAAGGCGGAUUUUUGGAGAAUGGUAGUUGAACAAAAUUGUACAAUAAUUGUGAUGUUAACAAAAUGCGUCGAGGCUGGAAAGAUAAAAUGCGAGCAAUACUGGCCAAACGUUAACGAAUCAGUUCAACAAGGAUCCUUCAUUGUGAGAAAUGAACAAGAAAUAUAUUACGGUGGAUUUGUACGAAGAAUUCUUGUUAUUCAAACACCGCAUGAUAAAAACAUUACCGUUCAACAAUAUCAGUUUUUAAAAUGGCCAGAUCAUGGAGUCCCUGUAACAACUUCAAGUUUCUUUCGUUUACAAGAAGCAGUCAUGGAAACGUAUGGAAAAACUCGAUGCGAUGCACCUAUUCUAGUUCAUUGCAGCGCCGGAGUCGGACGAACGGGUACGUUUAUUGGUUACGAUAUACUGCAAGAUCAAGCCAAAGACAAAAGCAGCGUGGACGUAUUUAAUUGCGUAAUGAAAAUGAGAUCACAGCGCGUGGAUAUGGUACAAACAUGUGACCAAUAUGAUAUGCUUCAUAAAUUGAUGUUGGAACGGUAUAUGUUUGGCGAAACUGACGUCACGCGAGAGCAAUUUAUCGUAAAUCAACAGACAGGCAAAGGAUCUACUAGAAAACCAAAUAUUCAGAAGGAAUUUGAAAAUCUAGCUUUCGCAGAGUCCUUGAACCAAACGAAAAAGGAGGACGACCAUGUUCCGAGAAUUAGAAACCGAGUGGUUAUCGUCAGACAGCCAGAAGAUACGGAAUGGAUAUCGAUUGACGCCAACUAUAUUGAGGCAUACAACAAAAACGCUCAGAUAAUUGCGGCACAAGGGCCUUACAAAUCGACAGUAGAAUAUUUUUGGCGGGCAGUCCUAGAUAAUAGCGUGAAUACAAUAGUGAUGGUUGACGCCCCUGGAAAUGAUGCCACUUCACAAGAUGAAUCAGUCUGCUACUGGCCAAAAUCGACUAGUGAGACGCUCCAGCUAAACUUCAUAAAAAUUCAACUUGAAGCGGAAAGUCGACGCAGAGGAAACAUUGAACGGAGAUUCAAAAUUUUAAGGACAAACCAACCACAAAGGAUUGUUACGCAGUAUCAAUAUCCAGAUUGGAGUUUAAAAUCGGUACCAGAGGAUGCUACAGGAAUACUUGAUCUUGUCUAUAUGUUACAAUCAGACUCUACAUGGGAGACGAACGGUGCAACCAUGGUUCAUUGCAGUGACGGAUUGGGGCGUACUGGUGUUUUCUGUACCAUUUUGAAUGUUAUAGACCGAUUGAAGUAUGAAGGCCGUAUCGACAUCUUCCGCACUGUUAAAGAUUUGAGAGAUAAUCGGCCUGGAGUGGUAAAAACACUGGAGCAAUACAAUUUCUGCUACAAAGCGGUUAAGACGUAUUUGUCUUCAACUAACGUGUACUCCAAUGAUGCGCUUGAAGUGGAAGAAGAAGACCAAGAUCCAAUUUAUGAAAACGUCUAAUGUACGAUUCAUAAUUCACGCCGUACGUGAAACUUUUCUAAUAAUUUUUCCUUGUGUUAUGCUUUAAGAAAGUACAUUGUAAUCCUCAUCGAUAUAUUUACAAGAAAUAUUGUUAAAUAGGAAUUUGCCGGAAAAGAUGGACGUGUGAUAGGUAAUUCACGAAGUUUUUCAAAUAUUUUUCUUUGUGUUAUAUGAGGUUCCAUUAAUGUAAUUCUGUGAGAAAAGACAUUAUAAAGUCCAUAUUAUGUGCAAUUCAUAAUUCAUGCCGUGUAUGACAUUUAUCAAAUAUUUUUAGUCAUAUUAUAUGUUUAAUUUUUGUAAUUUUGUAAGAAAAUGCAAUAUAAUCUUUGUCAAAAAAAUUUUGGUCGUGACUAUAUUUUUGUUAAUCAAAUAGUUAUUCAUGUAUUCGUUUUUUAUAUAUUAAAAGAGGUAAUAUAUAAUUUAAUGGUAUACCGUUGCUGAAAUCAUGCUAUUUGUAUCAUUAUAUUUUUCAUAAUAGUGUUCAAUUUACGAUUUGCGGACUGAAAAUAUGUGCAAUUAUACAAAAGCAAAAAAGUAUUGCAAGAAUAGCUUUAACAAUUCCAAAAAAUUAUUUUCCCAGCCAAUCGAACUAGUAAAAAUAUUUAAUCCUAUUAAAUAUUGUAUUUGCUAAAAAUCAAUUCUUAUCUAGGAGAAAGUUUUGAAAACAAAACAAUAUGUUUCUCCUGGAAAUAAUUUAAAGAUAAGAUUUAUUUUAAAAUUUCCGUUUCAAUUGAUAUUUACCUUAAGUUGUCUCGCAGAAUUACCUUAAAAUUAGUCUUGCAGAAGUGUUAUGUGUAAUUGUGUAUACUUUCAUGUUUCCACGUAUUUUAUCGUAUCUUGGUCUGCCUAAUU